ACUGUGCUUCUUUACAGAAAUCUACAAGGAAACGCUAUAUCCUACAUUGACAAAAAUGUAUGGAAAGCAUAUCGCUGGGUUGAGACUCUGAUUCUCAGCGAAAAUUAUUUGACUGAAUUACAUAAGGAUUCAUUUGAAGGCCUGCUAUCCCUGAAGCACUUGGAUUUAUCCUGUAAUAAAAUUCAGUUUAUUGAAAGACGUACAUUUGAAUCACUUCCCUUUUUGAAGUCUGUAAAUCUUGGCUGCAAUUUACUCACAGAAGUGAGUUUGGGCACAUUUCAGGCGUGGCAUGGAAUGCAUUUUUUGCACGUGGUAAAUCUUGAUCAGAAUCCAUUGACAACUAUUGAAGAUUCCUAUCUUUUUAAUUUGCCAGCAUUAAAAUAUCUAGACCUCGGAAGAACGCAGGUGUCCAUCAGCACAGUUGAGAACAUCCUCAUGAAGACUCUCGAACUGGAAAAACUAAAUCUACAAGGAAACGCUAUAUCCUACAUUGACAAAAAUGUAUGGAAAGCAUAUCGCUGGGUUGAGACUCUGAUUCUCAGCGAAAAUUAUUUGACUGAAUUACAUAAGGAUUCAUUUGAAGGCCUGCUAUCCCUGAAGCACUUGGAUUUAUCCUGUAAUAAAAUUCAGUUUAUUGAAAGACGUACAUUUGAAUCACUUCCCUUUUUGAAGUCUGUAAAUCUUGGCUGCAAUUUACUCACAGAAGUGAGUUUGGGCACAUUUCAGGCGUGGCAUGGAAUGCAUUUUUUGCACGUGGUAAAUCUUGAUCAGAAUCCAUUGACAACUAUUGAAGAUUCCUAUCUUUUUAAUUUGCCAGCAUUAAAAUAUCUAGACCUCGGAAGAACGCAGGUGUCCAUCAGCACAGUUGAGAACAUCCUCAUGAAGACUCUCGAACUGGAAAAACUGAUCUUACCUAGCCACAUGGCCUGCUGCCUCUGCCAAUUUAAAAAGGACAUUGAGACUGUCUGCAAUACAGUCAAGCUGCAUUGUCGCAAUGAAUGUCUGACAAACCCUCUAUCUUGUGUACCAGAACCAUCGACAGAGAAUCCCAAAGCAGAAUUCCUGAAGAUACUGCAAGCCCGGAAGAGGAACACUAGCACCGAAUUAAUUAUUACUUCAGAGACGCAUAAUUCAGAUAAACAUACACUUGACAUUCUAGACUCUACAAAUGAGCAGCUAGACUUGAAUGAAAAAGUUGACUUUAUCAGUGCACUAAAUUACGUGCUGCGUUAUUUCUCAGGCAGCAAUCUAGAAGACGUAGAGUCAGCGUUACUACCCUACAUCAAGUUGAUUUUUUCAAGUCCAGAAGAAGAUAGAUCUGUGGAUCACUUGACAAACCAUCUAGAAGACUUCUCUGUGAAAGCACAGAAACGUACAUUGGGAGAGAUCCACUUUCUGGAAAACUUGAUAAACUCUGAAAUUGAGCAAAAAAUGGAUGAGGUUAAAGACUCAAAAAAAGCUGUGAUGCUGAUGCAGCCUCCGUUAGAUAUCAGAGGGAAACGACGAUUCUUCCUAAGGAAGUUAGAAAGGACCCGAUCACAGCAGAUCAGCCUGGCGCCCACCCCAAGCACAAGACAAAGAUUACAGAGACAGAAAAAUGUCAUCAAGGGGUCAGAGGGCCUGAGGAAAAGGCAGCAGCGGGAGGCAAUCAGGAGGAGGAGAGAGAACGCGCGCCCCCUUGUGGAGGGCACCGUGCAAGGCGAGCUGGGAAGCACAGGUACCAGGGAGCAGGAGGAGCUUCCUGUGGCCCAGAGGCCCUGGCACCUGGUGGCCAACUCCUUCCACCCAGAGCCCCCACUCACAGAGGAGCACAGUGCCAGGGCCGCCUCUUCCCUGAAGAGGUACAUGGUGGACCGGCCAUCUGCUGCCCUCCUUGUAAAGUCCCUUGCUGACCUAGAAAAAGGGUUAAUUGACACCAUGAAAAUGAGGACAAAAAAGACAGAGGCAGCAGAACAAAGUUCGUAUUCCAGAGUGAAUUACCGCUUACACAGAAUUGAUCCUCAUCCUGUGUUUAGAACAUCCAAGAGCAAAGUGAAAACAAAAGUGGCAACAGAACCAAACACAGAUUCCAGAGUGAAGUACCACUUCAAUAAAAUUGAUCUCCAUCCAGUGUUCAAAACCCGCAAAACCAAACGGAGACUGCAUUUGAGAAGGAAGAAUUCCCUCAACACACAGAGCUCUGUAAAGAGGCCUCCGCUCCUUACCCUACAGAGUCUCAUCGAUUCCCCUCCCCGAGAGCCUUCUCCCUCUUCUGGAGACCCGAGUUCUCAGGAUAUUCCAUCCCCAGAAGCAAAGGCUCUUUCAAUAUCUCCUGCAGAAGACAUUCUUGAAGCCAGCCUUGCUGCAGGAAAUGACUUAGGAAAAUCUCCCCCUGCCAGCACAACCCAGGGGCAUCCAUUGGCCGCUGGUUCCCCUGAGAUUGCCCCCAACUCAGUAGUUGUGACUGAGAAAAUGCAAUGGGGGAACCCUAACAUGGGCAAGGACAUCCCCUCCAUACCCACAGGCACUACUUACCCCUUGCAGUCAUCCCCAGGGGACCAGUUGGAAAGUCAACUGAACCAGCAGCUACGGUCCCUCAUCCCCAAUAAUGAUGUGAGAAAGUUCAUCUCACUCGUAAUCCAUACUCUGCAAACGGACUGUGCAGACCCCCAGGUGCAGCUGUCCUGUGCCAAGCUCAUCUCCAGCACGGGCCUCCUCAUGAAGCUCCUCAGUGAGCGGCAGCCAGUAACGGCGGCCAAGGCGGAAUGGGACACAGACCGGCGGGAAGAAGAGAACUACAUCAGCGAGAGCCCGGGACGCCUGAGUGAUGCAGGAAUGAUCGAGUCAACCGAGGUGAGGACGGCCACGAGACAGGAGACCUGCCCUUUCCUGUCGCUUAGGAAGUGUCAUUAAAGCACCAAGGAGGAGGAACAGGGGCUCCCAGUCCAUAUCUUGUAUUGGGCACAUAACUUUGGCCAAGGUGGUGAUUUCCCACUUUGCUCCUUUAGAGAAUGAAGCAGCCCUGACAAGCUAGAGUACCUGUAGAGUAUCUGUGUGACAAUAGAUCAUGUAACAUUGGAUCUUGUGUGGUCUUGAAGAUCCUAUAAGCCACUCACCUGGAAGAAUAUGGGCUGGAAUAGUUAAGUGCUCAUGCUGUCUCUUUAUUUGAUCUGUUUUAAUUGCUCUUUU